GUUUCUGCUUCCGCUUACUUGUGAGCUUUUCUUUUGCAUGUGCCAGGUUUGCGAUUAUUCAUCUCUCGCUUGGUUUUUCCAUUUCCUUGAAGAUUUUCCCCAAAAGGAUGCGUCCAUUUCUGCUGGAAGCUAUCGUCAGAAGAAGUGUUGCCAAAAGGAUGAAAAUAAGAAAUAGAAAAAGAAAAUUGAAAAGGGGAUAUGCAGGUGGUUCAAGUACCCCUUAUUUUCUGUUGGAAGCUAUCAAGAGAAGGUUUAUUGCCAAACGCAGAAAAACAAGAUAUGGCAGAAAAAGAGAAUUGGAAAAUAAGUACUAUGUAGAUUGGUCCAGUCUCCCUCAGGGUGUACUUGAGAUGGUUGCUGAAAAGCUGAGUUUUAUUGAUUGUUUAUCCUUCAGCAAGGUUUGUAGGAGUUGGAAUUCUGUUCUUGGUGAAGAACUUCCUAAUUGGCAGAGCCAGAGGCAUGGGUUUCCUUGGCUUCUGGUAUCAGGUCAGCAGAACCAAGAGGUUAGAACUUGUAUCAGUAUAAUGGAGAAUCGUAUUUGGGAGUUGGAGUUACCAGAGGUGAAAGGAAAAUAUUGUUGGGGAUCAUUUCGUGAUUGGUUGAUAUUGGUGAAAAAUCUGGAUACUUUCCAACUUGAAGUUAACUUGUUGAAUCCAUUUUCAAGAAGUGAAGUUAGUCUUCCUACAAUGUGGAACUUUUACCAUAAAAUGGUGCUCUCAGGGCUUCCCUCUGAGAAUAACUUCAUUUGUAUGGUUCUACACAGCCAGCACCGGGAGCUGGCGUUUUGGAUUCCAGGGGCUCAAUCAUGGCGUAAACAUAAACUAAAAGGUGAACCUUUUGAGGACGCUGUAUUAUGUAAUGGAAGUUUUUAUCUCCUGGGUGAUGGAUUCAACAUAUGGCAAAUUGAUGUUAAAAGCAUCUACUCUAGCAUUAGUCAAGGGGAUUCUGAGAUAGAAAUGCAGUUUCAUGAAGUAAAAGGGCCUGAGAUACAGUUCCAAGAAGGGAUGCUAGUACAGGGUGAUGAUAACAGUCGAUUUUUAAAAUAUCUUGUGGAGUUCUCUGGGAAGCUUUUGCUUGUGCAUAGGUAUUUUAGCAACAAACCAGGUGUGGUACUCGAGACUCGAAAGUUCGAGGUUUAUUCAUUGGAUUAUUGUCAGCCAUCUUGGAAGAAGGUUGAGGAUUUGGGGGAUCAAAUGAUAUUUCUGGGAAAAUGCAGUUCAGCAUCCUUCUCUGCAAAGGAACUUGGAGUUGGAAUUAGCAACAGCAUAUAUUUCUGCAAUGAUCAAACUGCUCCUUGGUGGAAUGAGUGGGAUUCUGAUCAUUUCAAAGGGAUAUCACUUCGUCUUGGCUUAAAUAAGACUGAUGGAGGUCAUUGGGGAAAUUUCAGACUUUACAAUAUGGAUGGUGAGCCGUUUUUCUACCACGGUGAUAUACACAGUUGGGCAUAUACCUGGCUUACUGCACCUUCAUGGUGGUGUUACAGAAAUGUUCCUGUGAUAUCAACUAGAUAAUCUCAUUCCCCUAUGUUAGAAAUAGAUGCAAUGUGGACUUAUAGUUUUUGUCCUUAUUAGGAUGUUUGUAUUUUGAAAAGCUUAUAAUCAAUGUUCAAGAGAGCAUUUGAUUGAAAAGUUGUUGUGUAAAAAUUUCAGAAAAAUCAGAAGACACAUGAGCAGUCAGUGGACUUGGCUUCUUUUGGUAUUGCACAUCCUCUUAUGAUAUGUCUAUUUUGGUAAA